UUUUCUGCCGAAUUCACACUUCUUAUACAUUUAAUAGCGGAUUAGAAUCGGUUUUGCUGCUAAUAGGCCGAAGCAAUAGUACCAUGCGGGAGAAGCAGUGUAAGACGUGCUUCGAACCUGCGGGAGACAAUUGUCGAAGCGCGGACAGUUCCGAUGUGAAAGGGAUUCUGAAAAAGCAUCUCUGGUUUACGGAUGCUGAUCUUGUUGGAGAAAUUGUCUGUUCAGUUUGCUGGGCAAGUAUCGACUCAUUUCAUAAAUUUUAUGUCUCGGUUGAAAAAUUGUACGGGACAAGUUCAAGUAAUGAUAAUCCUGAUAUAUUGCUUGUACAUGUGGCUUCCACAUCCGAUGAAAUUGAAAUCAAAGAUGAAUUGGAAAGUAGGUCUUCCAAUGAAUGCGAUAUUUUUCUACCGGAAAAUGAAAAUGCUAUUUUUGAGGAAGAUGACGAAACUUUGAACGAAGAUCUAAAGAAUGAAGAUUCAUUGGAACUAACCGAUGAGGAACCAAACUUUUCUCAAGAGAAUCCUGAUGAGGUAAUAAAAAGGCAUGUCAGUCUUGACUGCGAACAAUGCUCAGCAUCCGACCUGACAUUCAAAGAAUUAUUUGCUCACACGGAAAAAGUACAUGCCAAGAAACUGACUUCAAUAACCUGCUGUGGUACCAAGUAUCACACUCGAAUCAGGCUUUACGAGCACGUGAAAUUCGUGUUCAACCCUCAGAUGUAUAAAUGCAAGCAAUGUGAUCAGGUUUGUAGUAACGGAAUAAAUUUGAAGCGACAUCUUCGAGUACAGCACGGUGAAGACAUUCCUGUUCGACCGUACAACAAUUCGAAUCGACUGUUAAAAUGGAAGCUCGGGGUCAACAAGACCGGAGAACAAAUCAAGAAAGAACAAGAGGCAGAACAACGCCGCCAGAAACGGCAACAGGAGGAUGAACUUAUUUUGGAGCACGUGAAAUUUGAGUGUGUUCCGUGCGGAUUGAGUUUGAGUACGUUCGGUGAACUUUUCAGUCACAGCCGUAGCACACACAAAAACAAACCCGUCAUUACUUGCUGUGGCAAUCGGUAUAACUCGAGGCAACGACUGCUGCAGCACGUUCAGUCGUUGAAAAACCCGGUCGCGUUUCGAUGCGAUUUAUGCUUUCGCUGUUUCCGAAACGAGUACGCAAAAAACAAACACAUGUUUGAGAUGCAUCCCACCGAGGAGGAUCUGAAGUACAAGUGUAAUCGCUGUCCGAAGGUGUUCGUGCGGGAGUUGAAGUUCCGGCAGCAUAUGAAGGACCACGAGGACUGUGACAACGAGAAAAUCAAGUGUGAGGACUGUGGAAAGAUGUUCAAAAGUCAUCACAUCCUGUACAUGCACGUCCGCAAGAAGCACCGGGAGCCCCAGUUCGUGUGCGAUAUUUGCGCCAAAGCAUUCCAUCUGCAGUCGGAGUUUAAACGACACAAAAUUCAACACGAAGAUCCAGACCAGCUAAAAAUGCAGUGUCAACAUUGUUUGCGGUGGUUCAAAAAUCGAGAAUACUGGCGUGCACACGUUCGGUUGCACGUGGUCGGCGAAGUUGAAUGUGAACUCUGUGGUCGAAUAUCUCCGAAUAGACGGGCUCAUCGGGCACACGUCAAAAAUGCUCACGGAGCCCGGAACAAAAAGUGCACUUGGUGUGGGAAAUGUUUCAACAAGGAUAUCAACCUGCGGGAACACAUUGCGUCCAGACAUACGGGCGAUAUGCUGUAUACGUGUAGCUUCUGUCCGAAGACCUUUAACUCCAACGCCAAUAUGCAUUCUCAUCGGAAAAAAAUGCACCCGGUUGAAUGGUUGGCAAUGCGGGAAAGCGCGGCCGAAGCCCAAAUGCCGGCCGGGGUGUCCGGAUCUGCCGAUCGAGUUCAAGGAUGAUUAGAUUCAAUACGAAUAAAUUACUAGAAAUAAGCAUUUUUUUCUACAAUUAAACGGUUUCAAGAAAUAUCACAUUCCACAGCUGCCCAACCAACAAAGAAAAUAAACCUGUUAAGUGAACGGACGAACGGCCAACUAGUAGUUUCGUUCAGCGUUGCGGUACGGAUGAAGAUGAGACAUUUGCGAGAAAUGUC